AAGAUACUAAAACUAACUGGAUUUAUCACCGGCUGUACAGCUUCUAUGUUUUUGAUCUUCUGCAAAAAAAGAAGAAAAAAGAUCAAGAAGACUUAACCUGUUGAGGGAAGGAGAAUACAAUUUCAGCAGAAGGUAUGGAUGUAGAACCCGGAUUUUACCGGCAUGUGGACGUCCCCGACCAUGUUCACUACAUUGUCGCCUUCUUCGUCUUAGUGAUUGGAACAGUGGGAGUCACUGGAAAUGCCUUGGUCAUGUAUGCUUUUUCCUGUGACAAGAAACUUCGAACACCUCCCAACUUCUUCAUCAUGAACCUGGCCAUCAGUGACUUCUUAAUGGCAAUCACACAGUCACCGAUCUUUUUCGUUAACUCUCUCUAUAAAGGGUGGAUUUUUGGAGAAACAGGGUGUAAAUUGUAUGCCUUCUGUGGGGCUUUAUUUGGAAUCACCUCCAUGAUAAACCUCCUGGCCAUUUCUAUAGACCGCUACAUAGUCAUCACCAAGCCAUUGCAGUCCAUGGUCUGGACUUCAUCAAGACGAACCUUCCUCAUAAUUGCUCUGGUUUGGCUUUAUUCACUUGCCUGGAGCCUUGCACCACUUUUAGGGUGGAGUUCCUACAUACCUGAAGGCCUGAUGACCUCUUGUACAUGGGACUAUGUGACAUCUACUCCGGCCAAUAAAAGUUACACUUUGAUGUUAUGCUGUUUCGUAUUCUUCAUCCCUCUGGGCAUCAUAUCCUAUUGUUACUUGUGCAUGUUCCUGGCAAUCCGCCAUGCAAGCAGAGAUGUGGAGCGAUUGGGGUCCCAGGUGAGAAAGUCAACCCUGAUCCAACAGCAGUCUAUCAGGACUGAAUGGAAGUUAGCAAAAAUUGCCUUUGUGGUCAUCAUAGUGUUUGUACUCUCCUGGUCACCCUAUGCAUGUGUCACCCUCACCGCCUGGGCUGGAUAUGCACACAUUCUUAACCCAUACUCCAAAGCUGUCCCUGCUGUUAUAGCAAAGGCAUCUGCCAUCUACAACCCUUUCAUAUACGCCAUCACUCACUCGAAAUACAGGGACAUCCUGGCAGAGAGGGUCCCCUGUCUUCACUUCCUGGUCCACGCCCCUAAGAGGAACUGCAUAUCAGUGUCAAACACCAAGUGCUUUAUCAAGGACUCUGGGUUUAACCGGCAGUCUUCAGCCUCCAAAUCAGAGUCCCAGAGAGUUUCCUCCAUGUCUACAACAGACACACAGGUUUGCAGUGAUGUGGAGCUGGACUCUGUGGAUCAGAGUCAUUGUCUUAAGCUCAGUCAUUCACCUGGAGGUCAAAACGGAAAAGAUGAUUCUUUAACUAAACAGCCAAAGGAGAAUGGAAGUCCAAUUCGGGGAAAGACUGCUUUUCCAGAACAAACUUCUCUGAAAAAUAUAUCUGCAGUAUAUCACAUCCAGCUAUCAACAGAAUAAAUGUUCUUGUAUUGGAGGAGGGGAACUUUGGCAGCAGAACCAGAGAGAAAGCAGGAGCAGAGAAAGCAGGAAGAUGAAUGAAGCAUUUCAGAGUGGAGACAUUUAAGCACAGGAGCUACAGGAAGAAAAAAAACAAGGAUUAGUCACGGGUCCUAAAACUUUGGACAACGUUCUAUGUGUCUGUUACUCCUGAGUGGUCAAUGUGACUCAGAGAAAAGCUGGACUACUUUGGAAAUAGGAGAAUCGAGGAGAAAGCUAAAGGAAGAACCUGAUAGUUUGUUUAC